AUGCAUCCUGAAGGCGUAGAACAAGAACAUAUUAGAUUGCAUGCUUUUCCUUUUUCUUUGCAAGAUCCUGCUAAAGAGUGGCUAUAUGAGCAACUUUCACCUAGUUCUAUUAAUUCUUGGGCAGAAAUUGAAAAACGUUUUCUUGAAAGAUUCUUUCCUGCGAGUCGUAUUGGUUCUAUUAGAAAGGAAAUUUGUGGAAUUAGACAAAAUAAUAACGAGUCUUUAUAUGAGUACUGGCAACGUUUUAACAGACUUUGUUCAUCUUGUCCACAACACCAAAUAAGUGAGCAAAUGCUAAUUCAAUAUCUUUAUGAGGGUUUGUUACCUAAUGAGAGAGGUAUGAUAGAUGCAUCUAGCGGGGGAGCGUUAGUAGAUAAAACACCAGCUGAAGCUAGGAAGUUAAUUUCUAAUAUGGCUCAAAAUACUCAACAAUUUGGCACUAGAAAUGAUGUUAACAGAGUUAAUGAUGUGGAUUUAAGUGGUGUCCAAAAUCAAUUACAAGAAAAUGCUCAACAAAUUGCUACUCUAACCACCUUAGUGUCUAAAAUUGUCCCUGGUAAUGAGUCUACAGCUAGAGUAUGUGGUGUUUGUUCUGGUUUUUCUCAUGCUACUGAUGAAUGUCCUACUUUACAGAGUGAAGAUAUCAAUGCUUUAAAUAAUUUUCCUAGUCAAUCUCAGACGAAAUGUGACCCUUUUCCUAAUACUUAUAAUGAAGGUUGGCGUGAUCACCCUAAUCUUAGGUAUGGAAAUAGACCGCAAUUAUUGCAAAAUAAUCAAUCUAGACAGUUUGGUCAGCAAAACCCCUCUCCCCAAUCUCAAGGUCCGUCAUUAGAGAGUAUGGUAGAACAGUUGGCGACUCAAAUAGGACAAGUGCAUAAUCAAAACACUAAGUAUCAAAGUACAAAAGAUUCUGAUCUUCAACAACUUGACACGUAA